GAGUCCCAGUCGACUUGUGACCACGCUAGCGGACGCAUAUUUCGAACUAUUCGUGGUCAAGUGUCAUAGAGUGAAUUAAAAAAAAAUGGAAGCAUUGGGGAAGACCUUUAUGACUAUAUCCGAGGCACUAGGAGUACAAUGGGCCCCACGUGAUAUCCCUGUUGAACGUCGUUUUCAAACUCUCGCAGCCACUGGUUGGAUUUGCCUAGUACUCUUCGGAGAAGCCAUCGCCAUCUGUCUGUUCCUAAAACUGGUAUAUUCUGAUUACUGGUGGCUUGCUAUUAUAUAUUCUAUUUGGUUCCUGAAUGACAUUGACGUUUGCAAUAAGGGAGGGCGAAAGUACGAAUGGGUCCGCAAUUGGUCCUGGUGGCGUUAUUAUCGAGAUUAUUUUCCAAUCAAACUUGUGAAGACAACAGAUUUGGAUUGUUCUUGUAACUACCUCUUCGCAUGUUUCCCGCAUGGCGUUGUUUCCUCGGGGGCAUUUGGUGCGUUCGCCACGAACGCCCUGGACUUUUAUAAGAUGUUUCCUGGAAUGACGUGUAACAUGAUUACGCUAUCCGGACAUUUCCUGGUGCCUUUCUUCAGAGAUUUUAUUUUAGCGAUGGGAGGAUGCGCAUCUUCACGAGAGAGUUUACUGUAUUUAUUGGAUAAGAAAAGACAUAGGGGGAAAUGUGUUGCGUUGAUAGUCGGCGGAGCUGCGGAAGCGUUAGACUCUCAUCCUGGCGAGUAUAAAGUUAUUCUGAAGAGACGAAGGGGAUUCGUACGAAUUGCUAUGCAAUCUGGUGCUCCUCUGGUUCCGGUCUUCUCAUUUGGCGAGCCUGACGUAUUCCGCCCCUUCAAUAACCCAGAAAACAGUUUAUUAAGAAGGUUCCAAGAAGCUGUUCGUAAAUUCACUGGCAUCUCACCAAUGUUUCCUAUUGGACGAGGAGUUUUUCAAUAUAAUUAUGGAGUCUUGCCUAUAAGAGCUCCUAUUACUACUGUCGUCGGCCGCCCAAUGGAAGUGGUGAAAAACCUAGAACCAACUGAUGAAGAAAUAGAUGCUGUGCACGCAGAGUUUACAGAACGCCUUAUCGAGCUUUUCGAAAGCGAAAAGAAGAAACACUUGAAAAACUCAGAAAAUGUACAGCUAGUCAUUACGUAAUAGAAGCACGAAGAUACACGAAUUUGUAGUCGCGGGUAAGAAAUGUGUUUACAAAGGUCUAUAAUGUUUUUAACACGUUCAUGGACAGUACAUUAGUAUCGCACACAAAAAUGUCACUGUUUCUUGCGUAGUGCUUACAUUUAUUCAAUACGAAAUGUGUAAAAUCAAGUAACUUCAAUAAUUCAUACCAAUACAGCAUUAUUUUUACACACGAAACCUCGUGACUGGAAAAAAUGCAGUUGUACAACUUCUAGAGAAAAUACUUUUUUUUACUUUUCAUACACAUCUAUAAACAAUUUUUUCCUUUCAUACCUACAAAUGUUGUACCCAUACAUGUGUACGUAAGAAAGAAAAAAAUUUGGCAUCGAAAAAAAUUUCAGAAAAAAGUAUCAGAAUGAAGUUUUAGUGAUAAGAAUGUUGUGUUUAGGGGUUUUAAAUUAAUUAUAAAUAACCCUAUAUAAACUCUAC